AUGGAUAAAAAAAUAUUGCCAAUUCCUGCAGAUAAAGUCAAGUUUAUCAGAGGAAUUAAGAAUAGUAAUAUUCGUCAUAUAGAAAAUAAAUCUGGUGCCAAUAUCAGGAUAACUACAUAUAAACAACAAGCUACAGCAGUUAUCACUGGUGAUGCAAAGCAACGUACAAUUGCCGCAAAUCUAAUUAGAAAACAACUUGAUACGGCGUUCGUCCUUCCCACAAUCGGAUUUAACAUCUUGGAAUUAAAUGAUGUAACUGAUGUUAAUAAAGCUAAAUUCCAAUUUGUGAAAUUUGAAGGAGAUGAUGUAAAUGCUCAUUCAAGAAAUAGAAUACAAUAUUUCGUUAAAUCCAUAAAAGAGACCGAAGAUGAUUCUGAUAAACGAGAGACUUCAGAAAUCGAUGAUCUCAUAGAUUCAUUUGAUCAAAAUCUUGAUAUUUCUUCAGAUAGUGGUUUCACCGUAUCUGAAAAAUUAGAUGAUUGUUAUAGUAAAAUUUUUUCCCAGCUUUCAAAAGCCGAUCCAACUGACUUCGAAUCAAAAGAGAUACGUUUAAAUCUCUUUUUCGGUCGCCAAUUAUAUUCUGACAUUCGUAAAGAUAUUUUUAAUGCCAAAGAAUGGACAAAGUUUAGGCAUGGUUCGCAUGGAAGAGGAAUUCGUACAUCUUUCCAACAUCAUGCACCUCAAAUUUUGGAAAAAAUUGAUUUACUCCAAGAUAAGUUCGGAUUUGAAGAAAAUAAGCAAAAGAAAAUAACUCCUGACGAUAAAGGGAGCAUCACGAUAUAUUUUAAGCAAGAUUCGACCGGGAGAAAGUUUAAAUUGCAUUGGAACCCUGAAGAGAAUUUAUGGAAAAUAACCAAAUUCGUGCGAGAUACCAAUCGACUUGCGAUUUUGGAUAUAAUCUCUGGUACCGAAGCUCCAGAUUGUAGGUUCCUGUUAAAGACUUCUUAUGAUAUACCUAUCGCGUAUAAGUUCAAAAGAAUCAUUGAUGAAAUACAAUCCAAGGGACCUUUAGAAUUGAAAGAUGGAAUGUGGUUUCGAACUAAAGAUUUUGAUGGGAAGCUUGAAAGGGUUGAAUUACGUCAAACCGUAUCAAAAAGACGAUUCUUCAACCAAGAUUUCCAAAUUUCUAUUGUUUCUAUUAAACAAGAAUCAAAUGGGGAAAUAUCAACCCAACAAACGAUCAAUCUUAAAAAUCGAAGUUGGAGACCUGUAGAAAAUAUUGAUAAUAAUCUUAGGUUACAUUAUGAUGAAGAAGAAAUAGGCAGUACAAUCCGUGGAACCAUCGAAUUUGCUAGGGACAUAAUGAAAGCCUUAGCAUAA